AUGGCACCUCUUUCCCUUUCAAUCAUCUUACUUGCUACAUUUACUGUUUCGUAUACCUUAAACGUUGUUGGUUCUUCAAAUGAAGUCGAUGCUCUCCUAAAUUGGAAAGCAACUCUCCAUAACCAAAAUACGAGCUUCCUUCUCCCUUCAUGGACAAAUGAUCUUACACUCAACUUUUCUGAUGAUAAAACAGUGUCUCCAUGCAACUGGAUUGGUGUUUCAUGUAAUGAAAAUGGCAGCAUAAACAGAUUGAACCUUUCCUCAUCCGGUUUAAUUGGUACGCUCGAUCACUUGUGCUUCUCCUCAUUCCCGAAUCUUGCAUAUUUAGAUCUUAAUUUAAACAACUUUUCUGGGAUUAUCCCAUCUGAUAUCCGUCACCUGUCAAAGCUUGUUUAUCUUGAUUUCUCCCGUAAUCAAUUCACUGGAUUAAUCCCACCAGAGAUUGGCAAACUGAGAAGUCUUGCCACCCUCCAUUUGGCUCGCAAUCAGUUGAAUGGUUCUAUUCCGCAAGCUGUAUGUCAAAUGAGACAACUUGCUAUGCUUAAUUUGGGUUAUAACAAUCUUCACGGUCCAAUUCCAAACUGUUUCGGUCAGUUAUUGCAUUUGCAGUAUGUUUAUCUGGAACUUAACAAAAUUUCUGAUUCAAUUCCAACCUCUUUCGGUCAGUUAUUGAAUUUACGUCAUGUUUUUCUGAAUCGUAACAGUAUUUCUGGUUCAAUUCCUCAUGAAUUUGGAAAUCUUUAUCAUCUGGAGGAGCUUCACAUGAACAAUAACCAUCUAACUGGAUUUAUCCCUGAAACUUUGGUCAAUCUAAAACAUCUAACCAUCUUAAGUCUAUACCAGAAUCAAUUGAAUGGAUCAAUCCCUAGAGAAAUAGGUAAGAUGACUUCCCUCAAAAGGGUGGAGCUACAAUCGAACAAUCUCACUGGUCCGAUUCCUGCCUCUCUAGGUGAACUUAAAUCCCUUCUUCAUAUUAGUCUCUACUCUAACAAACUUUCCGGUCCUAUCCCACAAGAGUUAGGAAACCUGACAUCCCUUUUAAAUCUCUUUUUAUCAUUCAAUGAACUCAAUGGUUCCAUUCCAUGUUCAUUUGGUAACCUACAAACCCUGGAAAAAUUGGAUCUUGGAGACAAUCAACUUUCUGGUCCUAUUCCACAGGAAUUAGGAAAGCUUAAGCUGGUUAGAUUUAUAAUCACCAACAACAAUCUAUCUGGUAGUUUGCCUGAUGAAAUCUGCAACGGAAGGAAGCUUAUAAAACUUCACGCUGGUAAUAAUCAACUAACAGGUCGAAUUCCUAAGAGCUUGUACAACUGCUCGAGCUUAUCACGAGUCUCUUUUGAUAAAAACCAGAUCACGGGAGAUGUUUCAAAGAGCUUCGGUAUCUAUCCAUACCUCAAUUACAUCAAUCUCAAUGAUAACCAGAUUUACGGGGAAAUCUCAGACAACUGGAGUAUGUGCAGAAACCUAACGACAAUUCAGAUGGGAGGGAAUCGAAUCCGAGGUAACAUACCUCCUUCCCUUGGAAACUCGAUUCAGUUGGGAAUUCUUAAUCUUUCGUUCAAUGGUUUGGAUGGAGAGAUACCAAAAGAAUUUGGAAAGAUGACUCGCAUGGAAAAGCUUGUUUUAAGCAACAAUAAACUUUCUGGUGUCUUGCCACAAGAUCUAGGAUCACUAGCUGAACUCUUGAUUCUUGAUCUGUCCAUGAAUAAGUUGAUUGGGUCCAUUCCAUCUUCCCUUUCUCUUUGCUCCAAACUCUUUUCUCUAAACAUGAGCAACAAUGAAUUGAAUGGCGAAAUUCCUGUCCAGUUAAGUAAAUUGAUUCAGUUGUCUGACCUUGAUUUAAGUCAUAACGAACUUACUGGGUAUAUUCCUAAGACUUUUGAAUCAAUGAAUUCGUUGUUGAACAUUGAUCUUUCAUAUAAUCACUUACGAGGUCCCCUCCCCAAAAGCAAAGUCUUUAUGAAUCUUUCAAUACAAGCACUGCAAGGGAAUGAAGAUUUGUGUGGAAAUGGAUUGAAACAAUGUGAAUCAGAAAGCCCGGCGCCAAAUCGGAAUCACAAACUCGCACUAGUCAUUUCCCUUCCACUUCUUGGAGCCCUUCUACUUGGCGUUCUGAUGGGAAUGUUCAUUUUCUAUAGUCAUGGUUCAAAGAGUCUACCAUCGACACAGCUUGUGAGCCAACAUAAACAAGGGAAGAAUUUCUUUUCAAUUUCGACGUUCGAUGGAAGAGAGACAUACAAAGAAAUUCUAAACCAAACCGAGGAGUUUAACGAAGCAUAUUGCAUCGGAAUGGGAGGGUGUGGAAGUGUGUACAAAGUGAAGUUGUCAUCUGGUGAUACAGUUGCUGUAAAGAGACUUCACUCGUCUUCUGAGGUGAUCAAUCACAAUGAAUUUCUAAACGAGAUUAGGGCAUUGACUAGAAUACGACAUAGAAACAUCAUCAAACUACUUGGCUACUGUUCCCAUUCUCAAAUCUCAUUUUUGGUUUAUGAUUAUCUCGACGGGGGUAGUCUGGCGGAUAUUUUGAGCCAUGAAAGUGCUCAAAAUUUGGAUUGGAAUACGCUUUAUCGU